AGUUAAUUAUAUUCUUUCAUACACUUUGGUUUACUACAUUUACUUGCUACAUUUCUUACCUCUUUAGAUAUGGAGCUUAAGCACCAACUUGGUCUUCUUUGCGUUAUACUGCUUUUACCAGCACUAAGCAGUGCCACUAAUAAAGACUACUGCCCUUGGAAUCCUUAUAAGAACUCUAGAGCAACCUAUUAUGGUACCCGUGAUGGUUAUGGGACUCCAAAAUACAUACAUACAUACAUAUAUAUAAGGACGGUGAAUGAUGGCAUGGUUGCAGCUGUAUCUGGGCUAUGGAAUGAUGGAGUUGGCUGCGGUGCAUGCUAUCAGGUUAAAUGUAAAGUACCAAAAUUAUGCAAUGUCAACGGGGUAACAGUGGUGGCAACAGAUUAUGGUCAGGGAGACAGAACAGACUUCAUAUUGAGCCCACGGGCCUUUAAUAGUUUGGGUGUGAGCCCUGAUGCAUCUAAAGAGCUAAAAAAAUACGGUACUCUUGAUAUUGCAUACAAAAGAGUCCCUUGCACAUACCCUGGCCGCAACAUUGUUGUUAAGGUUCAAGAAAGUAGCAGCAACCCUGGAUACUUUGCUGUGGUUCUUCAAAACCUUGGUGGAUCAUACGAUGUCACUAAUGUUGAAUUGUGGGAGGAUUCACGCAAACAAUGGAGUCCAUUGCGUAGGGUUUAUGGGGCAGUGUUUGACUAUGCUAACCCACCAAAGGGUCAACUCUUCUUGAGGUUCCAAGUGAUUGGUUGUUAUGGAACUUAUUGGCAAAUACCAAAGAAACCUAUCCCUGCUGAUUGGAAGCCCAAAAUUACUUAUGACACUGGACUUCAGCUUAAAUAAGCUAAUACGAAAAACAUCACUCUCUGGACCCGAAAUCAUAUAGUCUAUCAUAAAUAGAUAAAUAAAUAAAUAGGUACCCUUAUCAAUACCAAAAAAAACAACUAGUUACUCUUAUUCCAUUGAAAGUCUGAUCUGAUUGUUGUAUUAUAUUCUGUGAAUCUUAAUGUGUGCAUUGCUUAGUGACUUAGUCUUCUUGGAGACCACAAUAAUACGUAUUCAUCACGUACCUGUAUG